GAGCGUGCGAGGCACAUACGCGUUGUACGCGCACCAAGCAACACACGGGCUUCCGAGGAUCAUUGUCUUUCAUUCAUUUCUUGCGAUUUCAUCAGUCAGUGAACAUAAAGUUCGAGUAAAUAGCGAUCGAUCGGGACUGUUUCGAAUAAACGACGACAACGACGUCCAACAUUGCGAGAAAACAUGCCGUUCUUUAAAAAGCUUCGUAGAUUCUCCCGCCAUAAAACAGAACUGUUAUCGCGAGAAUUGUGAGUGAGGGACGAACUCUUAAACGGGAGAAAGCUUGUGACGAGAGAGAAGAUCUCGGAGCUGCUGGAGUUGGUGAUAUUGCGCUGGGCUAGGAUGUCAUUCUUCAGGAGUUUGUGGAAGAGCAGCUCCAAGCAUAAGAAAUUAUGCGAGGAAUGGGCGUUGGCGAAUAGCCGCGAAUGCGUAGAGGGUGGUAGUUCGGCGGGCACGACGCAUGGGGAGGAAUCUGAGGAUACGUCCGAGGCGAGGUUCACCCUCAAAUAUUUGGGUAGUACCCUCGUCGAGACACCCUCGAGUGAGGAGGCUACGGCAGAAGCCAUCAAGACCGUCAUCACCAUGGCAAAAGCAAGCGGAAAAAAACUACAAAGGGUCUCUUUGGCUGUGAGUUUGAGAGGAAUUAGAAUGACGGACUUGACUACCGAAGAGGAUCAGCUUCAAGUGUCAAUAUAUAGGAUCUCGUAUUGCUCGGCGGAUGCGACGCACGAUCAUGUGUUCGCGUUCAUCGCGACGAAUCUGAACGAGACGAUGGAGUGUCACGCGUUUCUCUGCCCCAAGAGGAAAAUGGCACAGACAGUGACACUGACUGUGGCACAGGCCUUCAACACGGCUUAUCAGGCGUGGCAGUUGUCGCAGUCCGAUUCCAGGAUCCAUCACGCGCGAGAUAAGAGUCCUCCUUCGACGGGCGACAAGACUGAUAACAAUGAGAAAAAGAACGCCAGCGAGAUAAAAACCACCACCGGCAAGAUCAACGAACAAAAUAAGCAGAACGGUCAACAACGGCGUAAUGAAAGCCAGAAGAAUUUAUUAAUUGAUCUGUCAAAUGAUCCUAAACCGGCAGGAAACUCAUGGGUGUGCUUUGAGGAGGACUCGGACGCGAAAAAAAACCAGAAGAAAAGCGCAGUGGUCAACAAUAGUAUUCCUAUGACCACGCUUAGGCACCAUACAACGGCGUCCACCCCGGCUCAUCAUGUGGUGCCCCGACCGAAUGCCGGUUUCAAGGUGCAGAACGCCUGGGGUGAAUCCAGAUCGGUCGAUCUCAUGUGCUCGUAGCAGGCAGGAUAGCCGGCGGCCGACAGCUUCAGGGAUGUGCCGUUAAUCACAGGCCUCUGGAAGCAUCUUUCGAACAACGGCCAGGCCAAAAAGACUAACGGCAGUCAUUAAAGAUCCUCCAGCCGAACUGUCCUAGCUUCCUAUCACGAAUUUAGACAUGAAGAAAUGAGGAUGCUUGCCGAUAAUCCAUAUUUUUAGCGAAUGCCGCUAAAGAAAGACAGCGGAGACGUGACACAGUGAUGUCUAUCUUGUGUGAUGUAAUAUUAAUGAGACUAUAUUAAGUCCAAGUGAGGUUUCUAUAUCAGCUGAGGGAACGAAGAAAUGGCUGCGCGGAUGAUUUUUAUUCGAUAUAAUAACGGCGAUGCUGAUUUUUAAAGAGGACCAACCCGCAGUGAAAAAAGCGGUAAUCGGGGUGAGAUCAAUUUGCAAUGGAUUUUGUAUAACGCGUAUAUAUACAUAUACAUAUAAACCUGUGCCAAUUACUUUACACAUACAUAUCGCACAAACAUCAGUGAAAGAGAAUAUAAGAAUGUCGAGAUAUACGCGCUUUUUAAUUGUUGUUAAUAGUAUUAACUCUGGAAAUUAGAUUAAAAAUAGUCGUAAACUCUCUCGCGCUUUCAGAAAAUAAAACUUCAAAGAGAGAUCAGCGUAUUAAGACUACUUUUCAAGGUUUGCCAAAGAAUUAAAAAUCUCGAUGCAAAAAUUGGAUAAAUUCGUUAUUAAAUCAAUUUCUUUUAAUUUUUUUAAAAAAGUUGAUAUAAUCUUUAACUAAAAUUUUUUUAAAUAAAAGAUAUAAUUAUAAUAAACACGUCUAAAAAAUUUAUAAAAAUUAUAAAAAUUACUACAAAAUAAAUAAUAAAAAUACAAUAAAUAAGUUAUAAGAUUUUAUAAGAAUUAUAAGAUUAAAUAGAUAGAGUAUUUAUCUGAUUUUUAUAUUCAUUUUUAUAUUUUUUGGUAUCUUUAUUGAUGUUUCAUUUAUGUCAGAUUUCUCUGUUUUUCUCACACAAUUACAUAUUAUAUAAAUAUACAAUUAAUUCUUGAGGGUAUAAUUCAUGUGAGUAUACUUAAAGCUUUAAUGCUAAAAAUGCGUCCCGUCCAAAUUUGAAAAUAUCGCUGCCACAUUUUAACCCCGGGUAUUUUGAAUAUUUUACAUCUACGACAUAGUAUGCGAAUAAAUUGUUUGAAAACAAUUUUUUUAGUGAAUCCUUGUCACGUAAAAAUGCGCAUUCCAGAGUUAAUACCUAUUUGUUAUUUUUGUUAAAAAAACUUCAACUUUUUAUCUACACGAAUACACAAAACGCGAAGAAUCGAGAAAACACCAAAUUUCAUAGAUCGAUUCCCUAUUACGGAUGCUGGAUAGAGAUAAUCCUUUACGUAAUCGUUAAUAAUUGAACCUUUGAUUGAAUAGCUGGACUAUUUCUUAUUGUUAGCUAAAGUUCUCGUUAAAGUUUCCUACAAGAACAAAGUUUAAAGUAAACGUAGCCAUUUAAACAGAUUUGAAAAAACUGCAUUAUUUUCAAUACACUGUUGGCGUAAUUUGUGAUUUUUGUAAACUCAUUUCUGUUAUUUUCUCUCAUAUUUAAAGAGGUCAAAUUGAUGAACAACUUUUCUUGCGCACUGAUGAUGACACAAUUUCAUUGAUAGCGUCGACGGAUUAAAGAGCGAUUGCUAUCGAAUUAUCGCAAUAUUUGUAUAUGAUAUAUUAAGUGUGAAUGUGUUGAUAUACUAUGUUACGAAUAAAUGUGCGCGUAUCAUAAUUAGUAGGGCAUAAUAAUGCCGUUAAUAAUCGAGGGGAGUAUGUUAACUUGAUUUAGCAUUAACUAUAUUGAUAUUUAAUUUAUCAAUUGUUAAACCGUAAAUAUAUCGUAUUUCUGGUUGUAAAUCGUAUAUAUAAUUAUCACGAUUACAUGACAUCGGACAAUUCAAGUCCUCAUUUCGCAAUAAUGUGUUAUUGUCGAUUCGGUAAUAAUAUUUUCGAAAUAAUAAUUUGAUAUUUUUUACCGCACGGUCGACAUAGGGCUGUGUUCGUUUCCGAAAAAAAAAGAUAUAACAGAUAUAGUACAUAUUAUAUAGUAACGUACUGUUCAUUAGUCGAUGUUAUAUCAUCAAAGAACGACGUUUUUAAACUAUCACUAAAUCAAAUUACGUCGAUUCUAAUAUAAUUGUUCUGAUGGAAAGUUUUGAAUAGAUUCACGGAAUUUAUCACCAGAUGAUAUGAAAUAAUUAAAAUGCUCAUUUUUUUUUAAUUAUAAGUCAUAUUAAUCUCUUUGAGAGAGAGAGAGAGAGAGAGAGAGAGAUCAAAGUUUUUAUACAAAAUUUUUCGUUAUCUUUAUUAAGAUAAAACAUUUCUUUUAAGAUUUUUAUUUUAAGAUAAAACAUUGAAUUUUAUUGUAAAAUAUUUUUUAUCUUUAUAUAAAUAUUUUUUUUACAAGAGAAUUGUUACAUUAAAAAUUAUAUUAUUAGAAAUAUAUUAUUAAAAAUAUUGUUUUUCUUUAAAACAUAAGAAAUUUUAAAAUCGUCUUUUAUGUAAAAUCUCGAAAGUUUUUGUUCCAUCGUUAUUAUAAUUAAAAAUUAUCAGAGUUGUGAGUUGUCAAAGCAAACAUUUAUAAUCAAGAAGGGAUUAAGAUGGCUUUGUAUUAUUUUAUCCCGUAUAGAUCAGAUGAUAUAUCAGCUGACUAAACUUAAACGUUCAAAUGUAUGCUGAUAAUCAUCUCGAAACACGCUACGAUAAUUCCAUUAUUCUAUGCUGCGCAUUAAUAGCAAACAAUCAUUGCACUUAUAUUUACCACAGAAAUGUUUAAAUUUUUUGCGCUAAAUGUUCGUAGUUCGUAAGCAGCACGAAUCAAAUAUACGUAUACAUAUCCGA